AUGGUACAUGCCCUGUCUGUCGGAAAGAUCUUAGCGGCCGAGACACCUCUUGCUUACAGCCCGAUAGCGAGCAGACAAAUUUCUCCGGAUCUGUCUCUGACGUUGAGGCUGUGGGAGAGAACCUCUUCAGCCGAACUGCGCUUGCUGCCGCACCAACUGCUUCCUCUUCCACUUCGUCAGAGUCUGCUAGAAGUCGACUGGCUAGUUCACGUCACUUGCAGCCAGGCUCCUCGACUCGACAUCGAAACUCCGGGGGUGAUCAUGGGAACAGUAGUAGCAGCGGUGGAACUGGUGGACCAGGAAGCGCCAGUGGAUCCGGCACAUCCGCUUCACAUGGAUGGUCAGGGCUUGGCUGAAUCCUUCAAGGACUUUCUCUCAUUUCUGUCUCCUCUUUAUGCCUCUGUUUCUUUAAUACAUAUUUUUAGUUCAAAAUCCGUUUCAUGGAUUUCAGCUUUGCUCGACCUUACUUAG